AUGUCCACAGCAAAGCCCACAACAACCAAAGACUGGAGCGCAUCGCAAUACCUCAAAUUCGCAGAUGAAAGAACGCUGCCCGCCCGCGAACUGCUCGCUCGCGUCCCGCUCGAAGCCCCCAAGACAAUCGUCGACCUGGGCUGCGGACCGGGAAACUCGACCGCCGUGCUCGCAGCCCGGUACCCGGGCGCCCACAUCGUGGGGCUGGACUCCUCGCCCGACAUGAUCCAAAAGGCCAAGUCGACCCUGCCGGAGAUCGACUUCCGCGUCGCAGACUUGCGGUCGUACACACCGUCGUCGCCGACGGAUCUGUUCUUUUCCAACGCGGUGCUGCAGUGGCUCCGCAGAGAUGAGCGCAUCGAGGUUGUCAAGCGCUUGCUGCGGACGCAGUCGCCAGGCGGCGUGUUUGCGUUCCAGGUGCCGGAUAACUUGAUGGAGCCGUCGCAUGUUCUCAUGAGAGAUGUUGCGGCGCGCGGGCCGUGGGCGGAGACGCUGACGCAUGUCCACAGAGAUGGUAUCCAGUCGCCGCAGGAGAUCUACGACGAGCUUAUACCGCUGUGUGCGACGGUGAGCAUAUUCCACACGCACUACUACCAUUCUCUGGAGAAUCAUGAGGCGAUUGUCGAGUGGCUCAAGGGGACUGGACUUCGGCCGUAUGUUGACCCUCUGGGUCCGGCGGAGAAGAAGGCGUUCAUCGCGGAGUACUUGAAGCGCUUAGAGGGUGCGUAUCCCCGGUCUGUAGAUGGCCGUGUUUUGCUACGGUUUCCGAGAUUGUUUGUUGUAGCUGUUAGGAAGUAG